UUGGUCCAUCUGCGACCAGUAAGGUGGUGGGAGCUUCAGGCGGGACUCGGGAGGCCCAGGAACCAAAAAUGGACUUGGUGGCCUUUGAGGAUGUUAAUGUGGAGUUCACCAUGGAGGAGUGGGCUUUCCUAGAUCCGACCCAGAAGAAACUCUACGCAGAUGUGAUGCUGGAAACCUUCUGGAACCUGGCAUCAGUAGCAUGUAUUUUAGAAGAAAAAUGUGAAGGUCCUGACAGUGAAGAUCAGUAUGAAAAUCAUGGUAUGAGUCUUAGCAGUCAUAUGGAAGAGAGACGUUGUACAAGGAAGGAUGAUAGUCAAUACAGAGAAAACUUCAGGCAGGUACCAAAUCAUAAUGAAAAGAAGGAAACACCUACUGAGAUAAAGCAACCUAAAUCCAGGUUGUGUAGGCAAAUCUUCAUGCAUUAUUUAUCCUUGAAUAACCACCUGAGCUCUCACAUUGGACUCAAACUAUACCUGUGUCAGGAAUAUGAAGAAAACCCUUUUAAUUGUAAGGAACCUAUGAAAGCUUUCAAGCAUCACCAACAUAUUCAAAGCCAUGAAGGCAGACCCAGUGGGAAAGCUUUCCACUAUUCAGAUUCCCUUAGAAAUCAUGAAAAAAUGCAUAUUCCUAGGAAACCGUAUGAGUGUAAGCAAUAUGGGAAAGUCUUUAUUUGUCUCAGUUACUUUAAACUUCACAAAAACACUCAUAGCAGAGAGAAACCAUAUCAAAGUAAGCAACGUGGCAAAGUUUUCAGUUCGCCCAAGUACUCUGGAGAAAAUGAAAGAGCACACACUGCAGAAAAGCCCUAUCAAUGUCAGAAAUCUGGGAAAGCUUUCAGUUCCACUUGUCUAAGAAUUCAUGAAAGAACACAUACAGGCGAGAAACCUUAUGAAUAUAAGGAAUGUGAGGAAGCCAUCAUUUCUCCCAGCUCUCUUGGAACACAUAAAAGAAUUCAUGACAGAAAGAAGCCUCAUGAAUGUAAGGAAUGUGGUAAAACUUUCUCUUAUCCAAGUGACCUCCGAUAUCAUGAAAGAACUCAUACUAAGGAAAAACCCUAUCAAUGUGACCAUUGUGAUAAAGCUUUCUCUUAUCGAAGUUCCCUCCGACAUCAUGAAAGAACUCAUGAGGAAAAACCCUAUGAAUGUAAGCAAUGUGGGAAAGCUUUCAGACAUUCCACUUUUCUUAGAUAUCAUGAAAGAAUGCACACUGGGGAGAAACCCUAUGAAUGUAAGCAGUGUGGGAAAGCCUUCAGUUCUCUCAGCUCUCUUGGAAAACAUGAAAAAAAUCAUGAUGGAAAUAAGCCUCAUGAAUGUAAGGAAUGUGGUAAAACUUUCUCUUAUCCAAGUGACCUCCGAUAUCAUGAAAGAAUUCAUAAUAAGGAAAAACCCUAUGAAUGUGACCAUUGUGAUAAAGCUUUCUCUUAUCGAAGUUCCCUCCGACAUCAUGAAAGAACUCAUAAUGAGGAAAAACCCUAUGAAUGUAAGCAAUGUGGGAAAGCCUUCAGUUUUCUCACCUCUCUUGGAAAACAUGAAAAAAAUCAUGAUGGAAAGAAACCUCAUGAAUGUAAGGAAUGUGGUAAAACUUUCUCUUAUCCAAGUGACCUCCGAUAUCAUGGAAGAAUUCAUAAUAAGAACAAACCCUAUGAAUCUAAGGAAUGUGGUAAAGCUUUGUCUUAUCCAAGUUCCGUCCAAUAUCAUGAAAGAACUCAUAAUAAGGAAAAACCCUAUUAAUGUAAGCCAGAGGGGAAACCCUUUAUUCAUCCGAGUUACCUUCAAAUCCACAAAAACACUUCUAGUGGGGAGAAGUCAUAAUGAAUGAAAGAACUCACACUGGCCGAAACCGGUUUGGCUCAGUGGAUAGAGCGUCGGCCUGCGGACUGAAGGGUCCCAGGUUCGAUUCCGGUCAAGGGCAUGUACCUGGGUUGUGGGCACAUCCCCAGUGGGAGAUGUGCA